AAAUAAAAAAAUAAAAAGAAAAAGGAAAAGCCUUAAAGCAACUCUAAUGGUUACAAAAUGGACCUGCUCACAAAAAAAUGAAUAUGUGAGCAGGUAGCCCACCAUUGGUACAACAAUGACAUAAACAACUCAAAAAAUCUUGUAGCUAUUUUGGGCUACGUAGCUCAAAAAUAAUAUAGCUCAAAAAAAUAAAUUAUUUAAAAUAAAUAUUAUAGGGAGCUACAAAGUAUUAUAGCCCACCAAUAUGAUAAAUUAUAGUUUUAAUCAAUUAUAGUUAAAAAUUUAAUGUGGCAAAUUUAGCCACAACAUAUUGUAACUCACCAUUUGACAAAUGCUCUUAAACAAUGAGAACCUCACAAAAUCAAAAUGUAUCCGACAUUUUGAACCAGAACCCCCUUUUGUUGUUUUGUCUUUUUUCGCCCCCUUUCCCCUUCGUCCAUUUUCGUCCAAAUUAAUUGGGGUUUUCUUGCUCCCUGCUUCACUGCGCCUCAUCUCCUCAAUCAUCAUCCUCGUCCGUCAUCAUCUAUCAAUCAUCAACCGUUCAUCAGCUUCCAUCAUCAAUCAUCACAAUCAAUCAUAGGCUUCCGAUUUCCAAUCACCCAACCCCAAUUCGAAGAACAAACAAUCACAACCUUUCACUCUUCAAUCAAAUCGCAGCCUUCAAAUGGAGUUGUACGGCGAAAAAUCGAGGGCACCAACAAUGAACCACCAAGGCAAGCACGUGACCUUCAUUAAUUCCGUACAAGAACUCGACCGCCCAAAUGUUCGGACGAACUGAUAGUAGGUCCGGUCGAACUUAGUGGUGGUUUGGGCGAACUUCAUUCAGCUGGUGUUGUGCAUGGUUGUGUUGGAUGGCGGCGGUGAUAACAGUAUUGUUGGUGUUGCUUGGUGAUGCGUGGUAGGUUGCGAUGAAUGUACGGUGGAGAUUGGUGUUGGAGGAGCAGCGGCUGGGCAGCGUUGAGAGAUGAGAGCUGCUCCGCGGUGGCUAUUGUGUGGUUGAAAGAUGAUGGGCGCUGCAGUACUUUGUUUGUGUGGCGAGUAGUAGAGAAAGGAAGAAGAGUUGGGUGGUGGUGAUGGAUAAGACAAGAGUGGUGGUGUAGGCUAAGCUAUGCAAUGUUGCACCAUUCUUGGCAGCAGUUUGGCCCAAGUUUUGAGGCCCACAAGCCACGAAGUCCAUAAUCCAAUUCUUUAGUGAAGAAAUUACUUCUCUCAUGCGUGAUUCAAUUUCUUUUCCCUGUUAUUGAAAUAUGGUGCUAAUUAUCACUUAUCAUCAGGUUGUGUGAAGGUGGAGAGUUGCUGGAUCGAAUAUUAUCUAAGUAAACAAUGUUCUAUUCAGCCGCGUUUUCAUGAUGUUAUUUCCAGAAGCGUUAAUGUCAAAUUUUUGUUACAUAAAUGUUCUAAUGUUAAUUGCUUUUGUUAUCCAAAUCAGAAAGGAUAGCUGGUAUUAAGAGAAAGACGCAGCAGUGGUGGUGCGUCAGAUGUUGAAAGUCGCUGCUCAGUGUCACUUACAUGGUUUGGUUCACCGUGAUAUGAAACCUGAGAAUUUUCUUUUCAAGUCGCCUAAAAAGGAUUCAUCUUUAAAGGCCACAGAUUUUGGACUAUCAGGUUUCAUAAAACCUGGAGAGUAGAAAAAAUUAACAUCAAUUUUGGAUAAUUAGUUCUCUUAAGCCUAGUUCUGGAGGAUCCUAUGGUUCAUCCUUUAUGAGUGUUAUCCAUUUAAAGGGAGAAAAUUCAUAGAUAUUGUUGGUAGUGCCUACUAUGUGGCUCCAGAAGUACUAAAACGAAAAUCAAGUCCAGUGUCCGAUGUUCGGAGUAUUGGUGUCAUCACCUAUAUAUUACUUUGUGGCAGACGCCCAUUUUGGGAUAAAACUGAAGGUGGUGUUUAAGGAGGAAAGAUUUAAAGUUGAGACGGCUCAGUAGUACAAGCUCGCUACUGGCAGGUAUUUGGAGUCUUCAUUUUAAACAGAGGAAGAAUAUUUGAACUCUCAAGGGAUGUCUCCAACGUUGGCAACAAUACCAGUGCUGAUAGGUCUUUACAGAGCCCUUUCAUAUGUUGCUAAUGAGAAAACUAUGGGGGGAAAUUUUGCGUUUGUGCUCACCACCAUUCUACUCGAUCUCUUGAAUCUCCAUUCUGGAGCUCUUGUGUGCUGAAUCUCCAUUCUGAAAUGCUCACCACCAUUGAUGUUUCUUCAGUUCGUGCAAGCAAGUCAGGUGAUAAAAGACUGAGCAUAUUUACUGGAACAAAGACUCUUCACUUACGCUGUGUGUCCAAAGAAGAUAGAGCAGCAUGGAUUGAGGCACUGUUAGCUGCAAAAGAUCUUUUCCCCAGGGUGCGCUCAAGCAAUGAUUUUUCUCCUGAAGACAUUGUUCUGCCAACAGAUAACCUUCGACGAAGGAUGUUACAGGAAGGUGUUGCCGAGCCAGUGAUUAAAGAUUGCGAGUCUAUUAUGCUCGUAGAAGUCUCUGAGCUGAAGAAUCAAUUUACAGCUCUUCAAGACACACACAUCUCUUUGCUGGAGACUUGAGACGGUUAGAGAGCGAGAAGAUAGAGUUGGAGACAACUGUUGUAGAUGAAACAAAGAGAAGAGAUUCUAGUUGCGGGCAAGGAAAUAGAAGAUUUAACGGAAACAAUGUUCAUGCUCAAUCUUGGAGACCACAAAGAGUCGAGGAAAUUUAUUUCGGAACAAAGGGAAUACCAUGUGAACUUUCCUCCCCUUUUCUUAUAUGUGAAUGCUAUAAUAUUUUCCUUAUCUCCAACAGAAAGAAAGGCAUUUUUUGUUUGUAAAAGUUUUUUUUAUCAUUCCCGUAACUUUUUGUCUAUUGUUUAUAGUUGUGAGGGUUAGUGAGGCUAUAAGUUGGAAGUGAAGGUCCUGGAGUAGAGGACAGAAGGUCAGAGGUUCUUGUCCAUGCAACCUAAGAACAAUAUGUUCGCAACAUUCGAGUACUACUUUGUACUUUUGAAGGCUCUGAAGUAGAUUCAGUUGGGAAGGCGGUAAAAGAGGCCUGCUGAUUGCAUCUUUAAUCUCUAGAACAUAUGGACAAACCAACUGAUGAUAUAAUGUCAAUGGACAAACCAACUGUUCUUGUUAAUAUUUUGGAUAAAGUUUCAGGCAAAAACCUCAUCUUUGAGGCUGCUCCUUUGCUCAAGACAACUGAUAUAGUCAAACAGGAUCAUCAGUUUGAACAAUUUCGGAGCAUUACUCUAUCUGGUACUGACUGUUCUGCUGAGGUGGAGUACUUCGCACCGACUUUUGGUAUGUUUGCCCAAGUUGAGGUCAAACUUUUUAAGUCACGAUUUGUGGGAAGUGAGAGCGAUGAAGAGGUAGAGGUAGAGGUAGAGGAAGGGGAAGGGGAAGGGGAAGGUGAAGAGCUUGAUGUAUAUGGGAAAAUUUCUGCUGAGUAUAAACUUUAUGGCUCUGAAAAGCAAGUCCAUAGCGUUACUCUUUUCGAGAUUAAAAAGGGUUCUAAUAAGCUUGGACAAGUAAUAUUGGGGUCUCCUAUUUCCCUGUCUAGAUCAGUGGUGCCGUUCCUGCAUAUUCAACUCUCACAAUUUCCGUAGAAGUAUGGGAUGGUGCUAAGAAUGAGAUAGUUUUCGGGGGAAGUUGUGAGUUUGAAACUGAUAACUAUAGCAGGGAGCAAGACAUCAUUCGUGGUCCAGAUUGUUUACAUGCUCAAGUGUUUACUGAAUGGAGGGAACCAUUUAUGCUGGAUAAAUCAUAUAACAAAAUGGAUAGGUUGGGAUUGAACACUGUACGUCACUUCUCAAUCCUGCCCAACCCAGGAGAGUUCACGGCACAUCGAGAAGUAGAGGUGUUCUCUAUAUUUGUAGGUCGGCCAAAUGAGCAGAAGUUAAGUCUCCAUGGCAUGGUUAACUUUUACAGUAAUUGGGGUCCGAUUAAUAUCUUUGGAAGGGACAAGAAUGAACCCUAUAUAUUGUACCCUGGCUGCAACUUAUUACCUCUAAAAUUCCCCACGUAUCUUCUCUCACCGGGGGACUUUUUUGGUAUGUCAGUAAACCUUGAAGAUGUUGAGGGUCAUGUGUCGAUCAAAGGAGAAGUGGUGUCGAGUACUGGAUUGAAUUACCGUUUGAGUCCUUGGCAAGAUUGCCUCUUGUGUUCUGUUAUUAAAGGUGCAAAUCAUCAUUGCUUUGCAUCUGUUCAUUACACGGUCUUCUCGUUUGCAGUUCACUGUGUACUUAAAGUUGGUUUCCUUUUCAAGGAUCAUCAACAUUUUGCUGAUGCUGAUGCUGAUGCUGAUGCUUGUAGCAAACUUCAUGGGAGUAUCGUUGCUCGCUAUAAAAAGUAUGGUGACAAAACAUCUUAUGAAAGAUUAUAUUUCAGGAGUGUACUUUUUGAGAGGACUUUGGGAAAUCCUUUAGAAAAGAUAGGUAAGGAUUUUGAGAUGGAGCUUUCGAAACCUGUGGUUGUUGUUCCGUAUGAUUCUUCCUUGUUUAUAGACGUAGAUUUGAGUUGCCGAUAUGGUGGUUAUACUCACCUUAUAAAUGGCACUAGAGAAUUUCAAAUUGGCAUUGGUGUUGGUGAUGGUGUGACAAUUAAAGGAGAUAAAGUUGGCAUCAAUAUCACUAUGGCAUGGAGCCGACCUCAUUAAUUAGUACUAGAUUUGUUGCUUAAUUUAUAGUAGUAGUUUUGUUUCUCAUGUCGUUUGUAAUAACUUUAUCUGUAUGAUGAAUGUAUAAAUAUGAUAUUCUUAUGAAAUCUAUGAUCACUGAAGAUCUCCUUUAUGUCUA